AUGACCACGGAGAGUUUCGCAGAGUUCCUGAAUAAACUCAAGGAAAUCCACGAGAAAGAGGUCCAAGGUCUGCAAAGCAAGCUGACGGAGCUGACGACGGAGAAGUGCCGUGAUGCUCAGAGAAUUGAAGAGUUGUUUGCCAAAAAUCACCAGUUAAGAGAACAGCAGAAGGUCCUUAAAGAAAAUGUAAAGGUGUUGGAAAACAGGCUGCGAGCAGGUCUCUGUGACAGAUGCAUGGUCACACAGGAGCUGGCGAAAAAGAAGCAGAACGAGUAUGAAACCUCCCAUUUCCAGAGCCUGCAGCACAUCUUCAUCCUCACUAACGAGACAAACCGCCUGAGGGAAGAGAACAAAACUCUCAAGGAAGAACUGAAGAGGCUCCGGAGCCUGGAGGACAGGACAAAGCCCCCAGGAGUCACCUCCAGAGAGAGCAGCUCCACCCCAAGCUCCCCCUUGGCUUUACUGUCCCCAGCGAGCAGGAACACCAGCACCGAGAAAGCUCACAGGGGAGCCGAAGAAGCCCACCAAGAGGUGCCGGGCCUCGAGCUGGGAGAAGAAAAGCCUGCAGGACAGAGAAGCUCUCCAAGCAGCAGGACUUCCCCGAGCACUGUCCUCCACGAAGUCAACCUCGCAGAAAUGGCAUCCCAGAGGAUCGCCAACCAGCUGCAUGGAACCAUUGCCCUGGUGAGACCCGGCUCCAGACCCUGCCUCCAGGAGCGAAGUCCUUCAGGGGCAGCAGUGUCCCCACCGGCGAGGAAGACUCCUCUCCCACCAGAGCGCGAGCACAGCCCCAGCCUUGAGGCAUAUUUAACAGCAAGCAAACAGGACUCUCCCAAGGUUGCUCCAUCGUAUGAAAACCUAAAACUGACCACCCGGAGAGAGCAGCUCUGUCUCCUCCACAAGCACCUUUCCCUGCACCAGCUGGGGCUGGCGAGCAACUGCGCCUCGGCCGACCGAGAUGGCGGCAGCUUCUCCAGCCACUGACUCAGAGCCAAGGACACGGAGCGCAGGACGAGGUCGCGUGAUGGCUGGGAAGAUCGCGCAGCCUUGCUGAAGCUCCCUGCCGCCAUGGUGUACGUGAGGGAUCAGCAGCUGGAGGAGAAGCUGCACCUCCUCAAGCACAGGGAGCGGCUGCAGCAUUUCCUCAUGCAGCAGUGCCAGCCAGGCCAGCGGGCUGAUGGAGACCCAAAGCCUGUGCCCGAGGAGCGGCCCCUCUCCCCAUGGCUGAGCAUCGUGCCGGGGUGCAAGGAGCAAAGGUCCUUCCUGGAGGAUGCUGCAGAUGGGAAGGAAGAGAAGGAGCUUUGGCUGAGCCGGGAUGGCUCCGAGCUCCAAGAAAAGACGAAGGCAGCAAGGGACGAUGAGCGGGACGACUUCUUGUACCACUGGCCCAGUGCCGCCCGGGCACUGCCGGGUGCUGUCGAGGAGGAGGAGGAGGAGGAGGAUGCAGCUGUGCUCCCGCUCUCACGGGCGCAUCCGACAAACAGCUCCACGCCGAGAGACCCAGAGGCGCUUCCAGAGACCGGGGUGAGACUGGCUGUCAGUGCACAGAAGGGAGAAGCAGAAGACGAUGACGCUGAGUCUGGGAAGCAGGAAUCUGACGAGCCGGACACGACAGACAGUGAGGUGGCUGCCCCAUACGAAGACGAUAUCCUACAAGAAGCCCAGGUUGAUGGGAAAUAUUUUUGCACCAAAGAAAAAACUCAUGCGCUGCAGAAGAAGAGAAAAAGAGGACAAGAUCCCUGGACAGAAGGUUCUAAGAAGUCAAUGAGAGGAAGAAAGAAAGUCAAAGUGGAGCAGUGCUCAGUGGGGAUUACAAAGGAACCGGAGAACUGCUCUGCUUCCCACAACGAUACCUCCAAGGAGAGCUAA